AUGCUCGACCAUAUCGGAGAUAUUCACAUUGCUCUUCCGAACCACUCGGCCAAGACCCUGAUGCCAGCCUUCGAUAUGGCGGCGCAAAAAUUGAAAUCUCUGGGCCUCAUCGCGCUCGGUGGAGCCGGGGCUUUCUCUGCAUUCUCUUUCUUCAAAGGGGAUCAGCGAUUCUUCGAUGAGUAUCUGAUGAGAGGCGUACACCUUGCUCUGAACCCUGAAAACGCUCAUCGAGCCGGAGUCCUCCUGGCGAAGUACCGCGUGCUGCCUAAUCGUAACACAGAAUACUCUGAGCUGAAAACCGAGAUUUUCGGGAAGAAGUUCCGUAAUUGCGUCGGUCUUGCUGCUGGUUUCGAUAAGGAUGGAGAAGCUGUACAAGGACUAUUCGAUUGGGGUUUCGGUUUCGUCGAGGUAGGCUCCGUGACGCCGGAAAGUCAACCUGGAAAUGACAAACCCCGAGUUUUUAGACUUCGGGGAGACCAAGGAAUAAUAAACAGAUAUGGCUUCAACAGUGACGGCCACGAUGCCGUUCUCGACAAUGUUACGCGUGACAUGAAUCUGCCCGCUGGCGGCAGGCUGGGCUUCAAUUUGGGGAAGAAUAAAACGAGUGACGACGCAGCGGCCGAUUAUUGUCGAGGCAUCGCAAAAUUCGGCAAGAAGGCCGAUUACAUUGUCAUAAACAUUUCCUCGCCGAACACGCCUGGACUGCGAGCUCUGCAGAGUAAAAGAGAGCUCGAACAAUUAUUAACGAAGGUGAUAUCAGUGCGAGACGAGCUGGGGCUGAGAGUCCCCGUUCUGCUGAAAAUCGCUCCGGAUCUCUUGGAACAGGAUAAAAAGGAUAUCGCAGAAGUCAUCCAAUCGAGAGGGAGCCGCGUUGACGGUCUGAUUAUAUCGAACACCACCGUAUCGAGGCCCGCCACGCUCACUUCUGAAAAUAAAUCGGAAACUGGGGGUCUGAGCGGCCGUCCUCUCCGAGGGCUGUCAACGCUUGCGAUUUCAGAUAUGUACAUCCUGACCGGUGGCAGAGUACCCAUUAUCGGAGUCGGGGGGAUUUUCUCCGGGGAAGAUGCUUAUGAGAAGAUCAAGGCCGGUGCGAGCAUGGUUCAAAUCUAUAGCUCGAUUGUGUACAGGGGCCCCCCAAUCGUUGAGACCAUAAAAAAGGAAUUAGUGCAAUGCUUGAAGGAAGACGGCUAUAAUCACGUGUCAGACGCUGUCGGUUCAGACCACAGGAUGGACGCUCUCGUUUCAAAACUCAUUCAAAUCCGAUGA